GAGAAAAAAGAAAAGAAAUACAGUAUUACCCAUUUGCGGCUAUCUAAGGAAACAGAGGAGCAGGCUCUGCAAAAUUCUUAGCUAUUUUUGGGUUUAAAUUUUAUUUUCGAAGCUUCUUCUUCUUUUUCGAGCUCUCUUCUAUAGGUUCUUGCUGCUGUUAGGGUUAGGGUUAGGGUUUUGUUUCAGUGACUGUAAAUUAUCCGAUGGAGGAGGUAGGGUUUUGAAUUUGGGGAAUUUGGACGAUAUGGCGGCGGUGAAUCCACAGCCUCUGCAGGCGCGUCCGUACGAGGACCACGUGGCGGCGGCGGGUUCGUUUCAGGUGGAGGACGAUGAGGGCGAGUACGAAGACGGCGGCGGCGAUGAGAUUAUGGAGGAGGAGGAAGCGGAGGCUCACGCGAGCUCGGUGGCGCGUGGAGGAGUGAGUGUGCUGACGUCAGAGGCGGCGGUGGCGACAAGGACCAGUGAGCUCACUCUCUCUUUUGAAGGCGAGGUUUAUGUGUUUCCGGCUGUUACGCCCCAGAAGGUACGAGCAGUGCUCUUGCUAUUGGGAGGACGUGAUAUGCCAACUGGUGUUCCUACAGUGGAAGUGUCUUAUGACCAGAAUAUAAGGGGUGUGGGUGACACCCCAAAGCGUUCAAAUCUUUCGCGAAGAAUAGCUUCCCUGGUUAGAUUCCGUGAGAAACGGAAGGAGAGAUGUUUUGACAAGAAAAUUAGGUACACUGUGCGUAAAGAGGUUGCACAAAGAAUGCAUCGUAAGAAUGGACAGUUCGCAUCAUUAAAAGAAAAUUCUGGCGGUUCUGGUUGGGACUUGGCACAAAGUACCCUUCAAGAUGGCACUCCUCGACCUGAAACUGUCUUACGAAGAUGUCAACACUGUGGAGUUAGUGAAAAUAAUACUCCUGCUAUGCGCCGUGGACCUGCUGGUCCAAGAACAUUAUGUAAUGCUUGUGGUCUUAUGUGGGCAAAUAAGGGAACAUUGAGAGAUCUCAGCAAGGGAGGAAGGAGCCUUUCCAUUGACCAUAUCGAACCUGCAACACCACUUGAAAUGAAGCCAUCAAUUGUUGAAUGUCAAUUCUCUGCCAACCAGGACGGGCAUGGAGCUCCUGAAGAUCCUUCUAAAUCAGUCAUUGAAGGGUCCAAUGAUGCUUCUGUCAACCUGGAUGUGGAUAAUUUUCAUGAAUCUCCCGAGGAUCUUACAAACACUUUGCCCAUGGGAAUUGUUUCCUCGUCCAAUGAUGAUGAGCAGGAGCCUCUGCUUGAGCUCCCUAGUACUUCAGAUACAGAUUUAGACAUCCCUACUAAUUUUGAUUAGAAGGUGAUGAGUUGUUAGCUGAUUGAUGUCUUGAAGUAUAGUUGGCACCUGGACCAUGCUGGUUUUAGUUUCUCUCAUGCCCUUGUGCAAGAUUCAGGCCAAAGGUAUUGUACGCAUGAAGUAGCAGUAUUUAGCGACUUCUGAGUUAAUAUAUGCCAAGAACCAUGACUGUCUGAUUGCAAUGAUCUUGUGAGUGGGGGCGGCAAAUUGGUUCUUUCAGAUGACAUUUGUUGAUGUGGAUAUAAGUUGUAUUUACCUUCUGUACGAUAGUUGUUAGGAUCAUAAGAAUGUGUAAUUUGUUUAGGUCUCUUCUGAUUGCAUACUAUUGAAAAUGCUGCCUUUCAAUUGUAGUAACAGUUAGUGUUGUUUGGAAUGAUAAGAUAGUUUUAUGGG